GAGGUCACUUCCUUCCUCUUGAGGGUUUGGGGAGGGACAUCCCAGGGUCCCUCAGGGAAGGGCAUUAGGAUGAGGCAGGCAGCACGCGCUUGCGGGUGUCCUCAACCCACUCAGCUGAGGGGCGGGGCGCUGUCCUUCUUCCUGAUGCGGAGACCCUAAGCUCGGGGAAUUUCCCCAGCCCGGGGGUUCGGCUCGGGCUUUUCCAGCCACCAUGCAUAAAAAGGGCUCGCGGGGCUCCAAAACCUCAGAUCGCACCACUGAGUCUCCAGCCAGCUCCUGCGCUCCAGACUCCAACCACACUCCUUUCUCAGCGCCAUGGCCCCAGCCACCCGUCCACUCCUCUGCGCCGCUCUGAUGCUGCUGCUGCUGCUGCUGGCCACCAGCCGCCAGGCUACAGGAGCGGUUUUGGCCACUGAGCUGCGCUGUCAGUGCCCCAGGACCAUAUCAAGGAUCGAUUUCAAGACCAUUCAGAGCUUGAAGGUGACGCCCCCAGGACCCCACUGCACCCAGACGGAAGUCAUAGCCACUCUCAAGGAUGGUCAGGAAGUUUGCCUCGACCCUGAAGCCCCCUUGGUCCGGAAGAUCAUCCAAAAGAUACUGAACAAAGGCAAGGCCAACUGACCUGGGGAGAAUCGGAGUAUGGGCUGCUGUACCUGAAGGAGAAGAAUCGAAGAGAAGAAAGAAAACACACAGCAACCGGGAAGCCUGGAUUGUUCCUGAUGUGUCUUCCUGCUUAAUUAUUUAUUUAUAUAUGUAUUUAUUUAUUUAUUUUUCAAUUCUCAGAUAAUGUUAUGUUUGUUGUGAUAUAUAAAGAUAUCAAUGUGUUUGGCAAUUCACUGUGAUAUUUUAAAAGGUCAUUUUAAUGUGCUAAGUCAAAGUUGUUUAACUUACGUAGUUGGAAGGUGGUGGAUUUUUAAAUCUUUUCACUCAUUACUGUCUAAGCGAGUGAGUUAGGUGCCAGCUACAUCAUGCCUCUCCUAUGAUAGAGGCUGGGGACAAAUGGGGGGGACACAGACAUGCAGUCAGAUCACUUUCAAGGUAGGAUUGUGCAUGUACACAUCAAUUUUCUAAGUAUUGAGAAGAAUAGAAUAGCUGUUAUUUAUUUUUCAGUUUUUUUUUACACUAUGUGAGCAGUAUUUCUGAUGUUGACUUUUUAAUAACUGUACUGUGAAUAUCUCUUGGACAUUUUAUGUCUUCUUUGUAAGGCACAGUGCCUUGGCUAGCAAUUAUUUUGUCAUGAUUUCUCAUGUCUUGAAGUAGAGACAUUUAUUUAUUCCUGUACUUUUACAAAU